AUGGAUUUGAAUAAAAUAAUCGGUCGUGCUACGUCUGAAAGAGAGAAAAAAAAUUGGAUCUGGAGAUUGAUUUCGGCUGCUGCGGUGAGGUCGUAUAACUGGAAACGUUUUUCGCUCGCGUCGCGUGUGACAUUAUCUCAAUCCGUGAUGAUGAUCCACAGAUUGUUCCGCGGCCGAAGGACGUGGCGCCGUAGCAGUCAUCGUUUUCGUCGUGAUUUGUUACGCGCGGACGAAAACGGCGUGAGAUUGAAAAAACGAAGACUGCACCGCAGUCAAGGUGAAGGAAAAAAUAUAAAACAGCGAAGGAAAAAAUGUAAAACAGCUAACGAAUGCGCAGCGCACGGAGCGUUUUGUGUCGGGAAUAAUAACAGCACAGUCACGACGCGACGAAAGUGA